AUGACUCCUGUAUCCCCUACCACUACCCCCAGCCAUGGACAAAAAGGGCGACCUGGACCAAUCGGAAUUCAAGGCCCAACAGGUCCUCAAGGAAUGGCUGGCCCUAUUGGUUUAUCAGGGUUGAAAGGAGAAAGGGGCUCCCCAGGCUCCCUGGGACCAUAUGGACCAAAAGGAGAUAAGGGUCCCAUGGGAGUUCCUGGCUUUCUUGGCAUCAAUGGGAUUCCGGGCCACCCUGGACAGCCAGGGCCGAGAGGCCCACCUGGUCUUGAUGGCUGUAAUGGAACUCAAGGAGCUGUUGGAUUUCCAGGCCCUGAUGGCUACCCUGGGCUUCUUGGACCACCUGGUGCCCCUGGGCAGAAAGGUGCUAAAGGUGAUCUUGCUUUCGCUCAAGGUAUUAUUAAAGGAAUGAAGGGGGACCCUGGCCUGCCGGGACUUGAUGGAAGUGCUGGUCCAAAAGGAACACCUGGAUCUCCAGGAGCUGUAGGACCCCCAGGAUCCCCAGGCUUUCAAGGUCCUCCAGGUUCCCCUGGUUUCCCUGGUCCUGAAGGAAAUAUGGGGUUAGGUUUCCAAGGAGAAAAAGGAGUCAAGGGUGAUGUGGGCCCCCCUGGACCCGCAGGACCACCACCAUCUACAGGGGAACUAGAGUUUAUGGGAUAUCCGAAAGGGAAAAAAGGAUCUAAGGGUGAACUAGGGCCUAAGGGUUUCCCGGGCAUAGGUGGUCCCUCAGGCAUCCCGGGAUUUGGAACUACCAGUGAAAAGGGGGAAAAGGGAAUCCCUGGUUUGCCAGGAUCUAGGGGUCCCAUGGGUUCAGAAGGAGUCCAAGGCCCUCCAGGAAGACGGGGCAAGAAGGGGUCCUCAGGUUUCCCUGGGAUUAAUGGACUCCCAGGAAUUAAGGGUAAUAAAGGUGGCAUUGGUCUGCCAGGCCCUCAAGUUUUCCUUGAUAGAGAUGGUGCUAUAAUCCCAGGUUAUCCUGGAGACCCGGGGGUACCAGGCCUCCCAGGCCUUAAAGGAGAUGAAGGCAUCCAGGGCCCACCUGGCCCAUCUGGCAUCCCUGGCCUCCCACCAAUCACACCAGGUGCCCCAGGACUCCUGGGGUCUCAGGGUGUUUCAGGCCUGAAGGGGAACAAAGGAGAACCAGGUCAUACCACAGUUGGGACAACUGGCCUCCCAGGCAAAGUUGGUCUGCCAGGCCUGGCAGGCCUACCAGGACCACCAGGACCACCUGGUCCAGCUUUUGAGACUAGAACCCUAAAGAAUGCAAAUCCAGGGUUCCCUGGCCUCCGAGGAGAAAGAGGUCCAAAAGGAAACAGAGGCCUCAAAGGAUUAAAAGGAGACUCAGGUUUUUGUGCUUGUGAUGGCGGCGUCCCUAAUACUGGACCACCUGGGGAACCAGGCCUGCCUGGGCCACCAGGUUUCAUAGGUCUACCAGGCCUCACAGGAACACGAGGAGAUCCAGGCUCUGAGGGUGCAGAGGGCCCAGCCGGGGCUCCAGGUUUAUUUGGGCUUCCAGGUCCUGCAGGCCCCAAAGGAGAGAAAGGGGAACGGACUUUCAGUACAGGAUCACGGAUGCCAGGGGAGCAGGGUGAUCGUGGCCCUCAGGGGCGCCCUGGUGAGACAGGAGUCCCAGGCAAAGACGGAGUCCCAGGUUUACCAGGUCUGCCAGGCCUUCCAGGUGAUAGUAGACAGAGCUUUCGUGGAGAAAAGGGGUUUCCAGGACUUCCUGGUGAAAAAGGCCACCAUGGCCCAACUGGCCUUCCAGGAAUUGGGCUGCCAGGGUCUCCUGGACUUCGUGGACCUCCUGGAGACAAAGGAGUAGAUGGAUUACCAGGACAACAAGGUCUUCCUGGGCCUUCAGGUGACUGCUGCUGCAGAGAGAAGGUUGGUGAAGGAGUCGUAGAUACAGAGGGAGGAAUCACGUUGCCAUGUAUUAUUACUGGGUCAUAUGGUCCAUCAGGCCUCCCAGGAACUCCCGGAGUCCCAGGCCCUAAAGGUGCCCGUGGCUACCCUGGGACUGUUGGCCAGCCUGGAUUACAUGGAGCUAAAGGAGAACACGGAAGUUCUGGAGUAGUUCAUCUCCCUGAAUUGCCAGGAUUUCCUGGAUCUCGUGGGGAGAAAGGCUUGCCUGGGUUUCCUGGGCUCCCUGGAAAAGAUGGCUUGCCUGGGAAGGUUGGCAGUUCAGGUUUACCAGGUCCCAAGGGAGCCCCUGGUGACAUCUUUGGUGCUGAAAAUGGUGCGCCGGGGGAGCAAGGCCUCCCGGGAUUACCAGGGGAUAAAGGAUUUCCUGGAGAGUCUGGCCAUCCAGGACCCAAGGGUUUGCUUGGAAAGUCUGGCCUGAUGGGCACCAAAGGCGAGCGAGGCAGCCCUGGAGCACCUGGACACAUGGGGCAGUCAGGACCCCCAGGGCCUAGUGGGUCAUUUGGCAUCAAGGGAAAACCUGGUCUCCCAGGAGCAGCAGGGCUUCCAGGUGUGUCAGGAUUCCCUGGGAAGAAGGGCUCAAGAGGCAAGGCAGGUCACCCAGGAUCAACUGGAAUGAGAGGUCUGCCUGGGAUCAAAGGCCUUCCUGGAUCUCCAGGCGUGAUAGGCUUCCUGGGGAGCUCAGGCUUGCCAGGGAGCACAGGGUUACCAGGCCUCCCAGGCCCAAAGGGUGAGAAGGGGUCCAUUGGACUGAUAGGUUUUCCAGGAAUACCGGGUAUUCCUGGUAUUCCUGGUACAAGUGGAUUAAAGGGAAGACCUGGGUCAGCAGGAAGCAUUGGAACAUCUGGACCUGCUGGUAGCCCUGGUGAAAAAGGAGAAAGAGGCAACCUGGGGUUGGUUGGAAUACCCAGCCCAAGACCUCCGAUGCUGAAUCUUUGGCUCAAAGGAGACAAAGGCUCCCAGGGCUCAGCUGGAUCAGAUGGAUUUCCAGGGCCCAGAGGCGACAAAGGAGAGGCUGGCCUCCCUGGGCCACCAGGCCUCCCUGGAGCUGCUGGAUUCCCCAGCAGUAGCAAAGGAGUUAUUGGAAAGCCAGGCCCCUCUGGCCGUCUGGGACAACGGGGCUUGCCUGGCCUGAAAGGGGCCACUGGGAUCACAGGCUUUCCGGGAAUGCCUGGAGAAACUGGUAUACAGGGUCUUAAUGGGGCUCCCGGGAUCCCAGGAGUAUCUGGUCUCCGAGGCUUUAAAGGAGAUCCAGGCCAGACACUUGAAAUUCCUGGUAGCCCAGGACCCACGGGACAACCUGGGGAGCCUGGCACUACAGGUAUCAAAGGAAAAGAUGGCCCAGUUGGUGAUGUGGGUUUCCGAGGAAAUAAAGGUGAAGAUGGGAAAGAUGGACUUUCUGGAGGCCUUGGCUUUCCUGGCUCCCCAGGACUCCCUGGGACUGCAGGACUGAGAGGACAGUCAGGGCUUCCAGGUUCUCCUGGUCGUCCAGGGGCACUUGGGCCCAUUGGACACCCUGGCCUAGUAGGACCUAAAGGCUUCCCUGGAUUUCCUGGUUUACGUGGAUUAAAUGGGCUUCCAGGCACUAAAGGUGCCCAGGGGACUCUAGGACCCAGUAUAACCGGUGUGCCUGGACCUGCCGGCCUGCCUGGACCCAAAGGGGAAAAAGGCUCUCCAGGAAUUGGGACUGGAGCCCCAGGGAAAUCAGGUGUCAGAGGACCAAAAGGUGGCCGAGGUUUCCCAGGUCUCCAGGGCCCUGCUGGUCUCCCUGGUGCCCCAGGCAUCUCCUUGCCCUCAGUCAUAGUAGGACAGCCUGGUGACCCUGGGCGACCAGGCCUAGAUGGAGAACAAGGCCAUCCAGGCCCCCCUGGGCCCUUGGGUCCUCCUGGGCCAUCUUCGGAUCAAGGCGAUUCUGGAGACCCUGGCUUCCCUGGAAUUACUGGCCCCCAAGGGCCCGAGGGAGACCAAGGAAUCCCAGGUUUCUCUGGCCUCCCUGGAGAGCUAGGACUGAAAGGCAUGAGAGGUGAGCCUGGUGUCAUGGGAACUCCAGGCAAAAUUGGGCCACCUGGAGACCCAGGACUUCCGGGAAUGAAGGGGAAGGCAGGGCCAAGAGGCUUUUCCGGCCCCCGAGGUGCUCCUGGGCAAACACCAAUCGCAGAAGCCAUCCAGGCUCCUCCUGGGCCUUUGGGUCUACCAGGCAUUGAUGGCAUCCCUGGACUUGCUGGGGACCCUGGGGUUCAAGGCCCGGUAGGCCGACAAGGUUCCAAAGGUUUACCUGGCAUCUCUGGCAAAGAUGGCCCCAAUGGGCUCCCAGGCCCAUCUGGGGCUCUUGGCGAUCCUGGUGUCCCCGGACUGCAAGGCCCUCCAGGAUUUGAAGGAGCCCCAGGGAAGCAGGGCCCCUUUGGGAGGCCUGGCAUGCCUGGCCAGAGAGUGAAUGUGGGCUACACCUUGGUGAAGCACAGCCAGUCCGAACAGGUGCCCCUGUGCCCCAUUGGAAUGAACCGGCUGUGGGUGGGUUACAGCUUGCUGUUCGUGGAGGGGCAGGAGAAAGCCCACAACCAGGACCUGGGGUUUGCUGGCUCUUGCCUGCCCCGCUUCAGCACCAUGCCCUUCAUCUACUGCAACAUCAACGAAGUGUGCCAUUAUGCCAGGCGCAAUGAUAAGUCCUACUGGCUCUCCACCACCGCGCCUAUCCCCAUGAUGCCUGUCGGCCAGAACCAGAUUCCCCAGUACAUCAGCCGCUGCUCUGUGUGUGAAGCGCCUUCGCAAGCCAUUGCUGUGCACAGUCAGGAUGUCACCAUCCCACAGUGCCCCCUGGGCUGGCGCAGCCUCUGGAUUGGGUACUCCUUCCUCAUGCACACUGCAGCUGGGGCUGAGGGUGGAGGCCAGUCCUUGGUGUCACCUGGCUCCUGCCUAGAGGACUUUCGGGCCACUCCCUUCAUUGAGUGCAGUGGCGCCCGGGGCACCUGCCAUUACUUUGCCAACAAGUACAGCUUCUGGCUGACAACAGUGGAGAAGAGCCAGCUGUUUGAGGAUGAACCUGUGUCUGAAACGCUGAAAGCUGGACAGCUCCAUACGCGAGUCAGCCGCUGCCAGGUGUGUAUGAAAAGUCUGUAAGGCGGCACCUGCCACUUUGCUCCUUGCCCUCCCCUCUUUCUCACAGCAGUCACCUCACAAACCCUGAAUGGUCUGAA